GGCCAAGGUAUAUCUGCAAUUUUAGCAAAUAACAACCCUCGACAAAAUACUGUCACGUGCCUUAUCCAUCUUCCCUCGUCAGCUACAGCCAUGUCCCAAACUCAAACCCCCGCGGACGCGAACCCGAACCCGAACCCAAAUCCGACCCACCAGCCUUCGAAACCGGCGCCGGAGGUCCAUCCGAAUCAUACCUCUGCGGCACCGUCCGACAAGACCGCUGUUGCUGCGGACGAUCCGUGUCCUUCGGACCCCGCCGUCGCAUCUACUGCUACUACCGCUCCCAAGCGGCCGCGCGAGGAGGGCGUGACUGAGGGAGAGGCGGAAGGAACCAGCACAGAUGAUGCUCCGGCGGCAAAGAGGCGUGUGAGGGAUGCUGGAGAUUUGAUAUACCGCAUUGUGGUGCCGUCUAGGCAGAUUGGGAAGGUUAUUGGAAGGUCGGGGCAUCGCAUCCAGAAGAUUCGGGAGGAUUCUAAGGCCGCAAUUAAGAUUGCUGAUGCUAUCUCUCGAAAUGAAGAGAGGGUGAUUAUUAUCAGUUCUGAGGACAGUGGCCACGUUUUCUCGGAUGCAGAAAAUGCUCUUCAUCAAAUUGUUAACCUAAUACUAAAGUUAAUUGUAAUAUGGGAUUUGAUUUUCAAUCUUGAAAAGGACGAUGAAGGCGAUACUGAGGCAUCGAAAGUAGGUGCCGGACAUGUGGCUGCUAAUACAGUGCGACUUCUGAUUGCUGGAUCUCAAGCCGGUGGUUUGAUUGGAGUUUCAGGUCAAAAUAUAGUUAACUUGAGGAAUACAUCCGGAGCAGCUAUCACUAUCAUGUCUCCUAAUCAGUUGCCUCCAUGUGCAUCUGCACAUGAAUCUGAUCGAGUUGUUCAGAUAUCAGGAGAACUUCCUGCAGUUUUGAGGGCUGUUGUGGAAAUUGGGUGUCAACUUAGGGAUAAUCCACCUAAACAAGUAAUAUCUGUCAACCCAACAAAUAACACUGGCUUUCGUCGCCAAUCACAACAGCAUGUAGAUCCUAAUUCAGGUAGUUAUGUAACUCUGGAUGUCAUGGUUCCCGAAAAUCUUGUCGGCGGCUUGAUUGGAAGAUUUGGCGCCAACAUAUCAAGGAUCAGAAACGAGUCUGGGGCAAACAUUAAGGUUUAUGGUGGGAGAGGUGAACAAAAACAAAGGCAGAUCCAUUUAGGUGGUAAUGCUCAACAGGUUGCUCUUGCCAAACAACGGGUUGAUGAGUACGUAUAUGCUGAGUUGAUGAGACAAGCUGGGGGACAACUGCCACUAAGCGCUGUAACUGCUGCUCAGUUUCAGCAAUUUCCUAGUCAACAGCCAGUGCCCGACUCGUCGAAUGCUCUCUACCAAGGUUAUGCACAUCCUCAUGCCCUCUACGCAACAAGUAAUCAAGAAUCUGGGUUGAUGACUGCAAUUUCUCCAAUAUAUGGAACCAGAGCAAUGAACCAGGUGCCACCGUACUAUGACCCUAAGUCCUAUCCUGCUCCACAAUUUUAGUAUGUUUUGUUCUCUGUGACUUUUGCUCGACCUUUAUAGUUUGCGUGCUUUUUGACAACAAUGUUGAAUUUAAUAUUAGAAAAUCCGAGUUUAUUGAAAUUUAAAUACGAAUAUUUUUCAUGUAAGCUAAAAAUCAUUAGCUAGACGAGACCUAGACAUGCACUUAAAGAUGCAAUAACCUCUGUCAUCAUCAUUAAAUAAGCCUUAGGGAACAUGAUUGAGCAAGUGGGGCACAUCUUUUAAUCUCUUAAACCCAAAUUUCUUAGCACAAAUCUUUAAUCAAUUAAAAUACUCCCUUUAAUUAGCUCGAGAUUAUUUAACACUAACCCACGUGCACUUCUUCAGUGAGAAUUUCAUUUCGUGGCUGGAGACACGUUUUCCCCUUAUGUGUAUAGUGCCUAAAUCGAAACUUGACGCUGGAGAAACGUUAAAGAGAAAAAAAAUAAGAGGAAUUUGUUUAAAAUUCACCAGAAAUUCUCUUGCAGUCGGCUCACUGUUUGUAAUGAUUGAAAAUUUCUGUGUUGUCUCUGUUUUGGGGAUAAACAGUCCCCAGUCUUCUACCCAUCAUUUCUCAUACACAUUUCGUUUUAUUUUCUUUUUUUGAAAAAUCCUUUCCUUUUGCCAAAAAGUCAUUUACUGCAUUAGAGUUUAGAUGGUUGAUUCUUUUUUUUUUUUAAAGAAAAUGCUUCAUAUCUAAAUUAAUGAAAUUCAAUAUGGUGAGGAUUCAGGAAGGGAUAUAGGGUGAUCUAUAAUUGGCAAAAGGAUUGGAUUUUGUGCUUUUGGUGGGAGACAAACACUUCACAUAUAAUGAGGACCAUAGCUUAUUAAAUAAUUAUUUGUAGAAAAUAUAGUAAAACCCAUAAAGAGAAAUGUCACACAUCUCAUAGCAUUUGUAAUUGCAAUUAUUGAAAGCAUUUAAG